CCUUCCUGAUUCGAUCAUUCCUAACUGCCGCUCCGUGUGUGCAUGUCGCUCUCCUUUACUUUCCUGUAAAUACGUAGUCGUAAUUCGUUACACUAAGUUUACUAUUACUUGUAAAGUUAGUUAUAAAUAUGUGUCUCGCUAAGGAUGGAUCACCUUCGCCGCAAAAGGAGGCUGUAUCGCCUCGUUCUCCUUGGAAGAAGCUCUUGAACCGUCAGAGCUCAAAGCCGAAAUUACCAAGAAAGGUGACAACAUCGACGCGAGUUAAUCUUAAUAAGUGCUGGACGAAGCUUGGUGAGCUGAUAUCCAACGCAUCGCCGCGCGCCGACCUGCCAUCGCAAAAGACUGCAUAUCCCCAGGAACCUCUCCUGGUACCGUUCUCUGAAUACUUCUACCCUGUCGACCCGGUGAAACCGGUGCCUGUCGAAGAUAGCGAUAACGCGGAGAACCAGAAUAUCGUAAACAACAAUCGAUUUGAGCUGAUCUCCGAAGGAUUGGAAAUCAACGACAACAUGGCUAACGAAGUGCGCGAAAUCUGCUACUCGGCCACCAAGAGCAACUGUUUCGUAUGUAAAUUAUGCUAUUAGUCUAUAUUUAUCCCUUAGUCUUAAUUCCAACCGCUAUUCCGAAUCCUUUCUUCCCAUUCGAAGCUUUAAUUUUUUGGUACUAUUAAUUCAGUGAAAAACAAAAUCUUGUCUUCCAAUGUCUAGAAUAAGUGCGUGCUCGUUUCGUAGAGUAAUAUCAAUCGUGUCUUCCAUUAGACUUAGAACUGUCACAAUAACUGGUCAGUUUUGACAGCUGUCAUUACAAAUAAAAACAAAGUUUAAUCGAAUUUAGAUCAUUUUCAUGUUAACUUUUUACUUUCUAAAUAUUGCUGUCGUCAUAUUUGUCAGAACUGGCCAGUUAUAAAUUGAUGGGUUAUAGUUAGGUCGGUGCUAUGUCGCUUCCAGUUUGUUAUAUUGUGAUUAUUAAUUAUCUGUGAUCCUUAGUUGUAUUAGCAACUCGGAAGUUUGACAUCAUCGAUUUGUUUAAAUUAAUUGUUCGAUUUAAUGUAACUAACAGUGUAAAUUGACAGCAUUUUGGUAGACAGCUUUAAAGCCCAACUGCACUGUAUAUCAACGCACUAAUAACCGUUUAGCUCUUGCAUUUCAAUUCUGCAUAAUUCAUAUUUAUCGUAAAUCAACGUCUUCCAUUAGUUUGUAAGAAAUUAUCUGUGAUUUUAAAAACACACGUAAAAGCUUUAAUUAAUUAUAAGAGAAUUAUAUUAACAAUUAAAUUGUUUAUAUGCAAAUUAUAUUACAUUGUAAGUGCUUGCUGUGGAUGAUCUUGUUACUAGAAACUUAGAAUUGAAAAUGUAUUUUAUUUUAGCAUAAGGUAGAAUUUUCUUUGAUUGUAGGUUUUUAGUCUUUUCAAGAACAUCCACAGUGACAUAAUUAACCUAGGAAUUAGUAAACAUAUCUUCAACAAAAGCUUUAAUAGUUUUUAAGGUUUAGACAAACAAUGUCUCUUUGUUUUUUUUUUUAAUUCACUGAAAAUUAUGUUAAGUAAAAGUAGGCCGAGCGUGCCAAUCUUAUUUUUAGGAUUAAUUGGUAUUUCUCUAUUGCAUGCGAUUUCUCUUAGUAUAUAGUUUUAGAUUUAAUAUCGAUUAGGUUAAUAAGUUUUACGUAUUCUUCCAUUGUGUCAAUUCUUAGAUUAGUAUAAUUUUGUUUUAGCAUAAGUUUAUAAUAAGCCACUAUUGUAGACUGAUAAUGUUAAGAAUUUUGAAGACUUUCAAUUGAUCUCUGCAUCUCAAUAAAGUUGUAAUUUUAAAUAA